GAAACAUUUUUUAUCUUUUACUUUGUGUUUCUUAAAAAUCUAUCAUUUAUAAGCAUGAGUGAGGGGGAUCAGACCCAAGAACAUCAGCCGGGUUUUUGUUCAGCGACUUGCGUCGACAGAGCAAGUCUUCAACAGGAAAUCAAGAAACGUGAACCUAGGACUUCGGAUUUUCUUACUACUUGCAAUCUACCAAAAAGAUUUGAGCACCCUCAUUGGUUUAACGGGUAUGGAUGUCAGACCAAUAGAGGACAUCCUCUUUACAGAACCUCGGCAAGCGAGUAUGGAUGGUACCCACCAGGCUACCACUCGAUCCCGAACGUGUUUUUCCCGAAGAAUCAACAUUUCUCGAAUUACCUGGCGAGCGCUGGAAUGUACCGCAACUAUUCGCUCAACACUGAGAUGGACAAGUUCCGACAAACGUUUUAACUAGAAAAUUAUGCAUACUUCUUUUUUUUUUCAUUAUUUUAAAUGGCCAUGAUUGAUAUUAAAAACUUCUUUCUGUAUCUCUACGUACAGUUGGUGUAGCAUUAGUUUCCAGUAAGUCUUAUUAGAAGAGAGACGUCAUAACCCAGUGGAUAUGACCUCUGCCUCCAAUUUCGGAGGGUGUGGGUUCGAAUCCGGUCCGGGGCAUGCACCUCCAACUUUUCAGUUGUGUGCAUUUUAAGAAAUUAAAUAUCACGUGUCUCAAACGGUGAAGGAAAACAUCGUGAGGAAACCUGCACUCCAGAGAAUUUCUUGAUUCUCUGCGUGUGUGAAGUCUGCCAAUCCGCAUUGGGCCAGCGUGGUGGACUAUUGCCCUAACUCCUCUCAUUCUGAGAAGAGACUCGAGCUCAGCAGUGAGCCGUAUAUGGGUUGAUAACGUAAGUCUUAUUUAAUUUCAAGAAGUGCACCUACUCGUAUAUCAAAAUCAUGGCUCAGUAGAACCUAUGUUAACCUAUGUUUUAGUUUUAAACAUACCUAAUAUAAGAUAUUAUUUAUUUCUGUAAGUUUAAAUAAGGUAUGUGCAAGUUUACUUAUG